AUGACCUCAGUGUGCAUGUCGAACUGCAUCAACGAUGCACGCGACCCGCGUGUUCCGGUGAGGGCAACGUACGUGAACCUGUACAAGUGGCCGGAAUCGGAUGCUGAGUUUGUGAGGUCAGUGAGUUGCAACAGAGGAAAGGGUUCCCAAGUGUACGGACACCCCAGGGUGGUGGACAGUAUCUCCUGCAGGCAGAUGUAUCUUCGAAGCUACACAUUCUCCAGGGAAGAAGAGAACGAGGCUGAGAAACCACACAAAUGCUUUGGCAUGAAGAAGAAGAAGAAGGAGAAACACGAUAACAGCACAAAGCCCGAGACUGGGAAAAGAAAGUGCUUGGUUUGGAGUAAGGCUAAGGAGAUAUCGUGUUCUGCUUUGUCUAGGAUUUUCCGAAGGGUCUUGUCCUGCUCCGCUAGUGUAGAUGUUGUUGACGAUAAAUAUUGA